AUGUUUUCUUUCAGACACGGGAUGCUACGCGCCUUUCCAUCGCGCGCUCGCCCUCUCGCUAUUCCAUGGACAAGAGUUGGACCUGUGCGCAUGCUCAGUGUGCCGCCACAACAAGAGAAACCUAAAGGAGCCAAGACACCUAUUCAGCGCGCUAGUAUCGGUCCAUUCAACGUACCAGCCGCUGUGCUUUUUGUUGCCACAGGAAUCGGUCUAUACUACUAUUUCAAGCACGAAAAGGCAAAGCUAGAAGAAAAUAAGAAGCGGAAGCUGGAGAACCAAGCUGUGGGAAGGCCACGGAUCGGUGGUCCGUUCUCGCUGGUUUCCUCCACUGGUCAUCCUUUCACCCAUGAAGACUUGCUGGGCAGCUUCAGUUUGAUUUACUUUGGAUUCACAAAUUGUCCCGACAUUUGUCCCGAGGAACUCGACAAGAUGUCCACUGUGGUAGAUGAAGUCGCAAAGACUCAUGGUCCUGUUAUCAACCCUGUGUUCAUCACCUGCGACCCUGCGCGGGAUCGGGUGCCUUUAGUGGCCGAGUAUAUUGCUGACUUCCAUCCGCGCAUGAUUGGUCUUACUGGCACGUACGACGAAAUCAAGCAGGCGUGCAAGGCCUAUCGUGUGUACUUCAGCACACCACCUGGUGCGGAUCCGACGAGCGAUUAUCUAGUCGAUCACUCCAUCUUCUUCUAUCUCAUGGAUCCCGAAGGCAAGUUUGUCGAUGCAUUUGGUAAGAGCUCGACAAAAGAUGAAGUACUUGGCAAGGUGCUUGACUAUAUUCAGCGCUGGAAGAACACUGGUAUACCACUCUCGGAGGCAAAUGCAAAGGAAAAGGCUGCGACCGACGGCCGCCCAACAUCGAACGAACGAUCACUAUUUGAGCAGCCGAGCAGUGAGCCCUCGAUUCCGCCUGCUGUGCUGACGACUGAAGCACGCAUGGUCUAA